GAAAGUUGAGCCGGCAGACACAGUGUCAGCCAUGACAGACGUGUUAACACUGGUCUUCAGGACUUUUAUGUCGCAGACGGACGUGCGGACGGAGCUCGCUGUCUCUCCUCCGUCACCGACAACCAGCAGCGCUCUGGUGCUCGGAGACCGGAGCGUCAGCCGCUCCGUGCUGCUGCUGGCGGCCGUGACGGCGGCCUCGGAGAUGGGCGUGAAAGUGACGUUCUUCACGCAGACACAGAUCCAGAGUCUGCCGGUGUGUCUGCAGAAGUGUGUUCCCAGCCUGAGCCCGCAAAGUCUGAAGAAAAUCAAGUUUUCCUAUCCCAGGACGGUGGUGGAGCUGCUGCAGCAGGUGGCAAGCCUUCAUGAGUCCACCAACACACCUCCCUCCCUGAUCAUAGUUGACGGGCUGGAGGCCUACCUGCGUGGCCCUGGAGAUGAUGGAUCUCAUCCAGGAGAGCAGUCCUGCGCGGCACACCUGUCUGCGCUGCUGUGCGACACCGCUGCCUUUCUCACGGAACUCCUGAAACAACGCUCCUCGAGCUCGGCACCCUGCCACCUCAUCACUUCUUUCCAGUCAGGAGUGGACAGUGGGCAGGCCGGUGGGGAAGCUCCCGCCACAGAUCCCAUCCUUGAUGUUCUUGAUAGGUAUUUCCAGGUACGCUGUACUCUGGAUCCAGACAGGAGCUAUGAAGCUGUAGCAGCUGGACUGAAGGAGCUGUGGCACAUUUACCUUUCUGGGACAGGCAUGACAGAGGCCUCGAGUACCAAAGACAGUGAGGACAGGCCACCUGUAGCCCAAGAGUGGCAGCUGUUAAUUUACCCUGAUGGUUUGAUGGAGUUUAAGUCGGCUUGAAAAUCUCUUUAUUUCUGUAAGACUGGAAAAGUGAUUGUUGGUCGAUAUAUUCACUGAGGGGUUGUUUUGUUCAGAAUAUCCAUAUUCUUUACAUACAACAGGCCUUAGUUCCUGCUGCACUUCAUCAUCCGAGCAAAGCAGAUCAUUCUUUCAUGAGCAAAAGGAUGGCUUGAUCCACGCCUC